AUGGAGAUCACGGAAGAGCAGAGGAGGAGGGCCGAAGCGAACAGGCUCGCAGCCCUUGAUAAAAGGAGGCGCUUCGAGGGUGCUGCUUUGAGUUACGGGGAAUGGAAGCUCACCAAAUGCCAAGCUUUAUCCAAUCUGGUGCUGGAUGCAAUUGACACGCCUCCCCUGGAUCAGCCGGCAAACAUACCUCCUGCAAAGCGCGAUCGAUUUUCUGUUGUUCUGGAGAUAUGCUCCCCCGACGAAUUUUCUGUUACUCCUCAGCCGGUAUCAGGCUUCCCGUUUCCCGGAGAAGCGGAAUGCUUAAAGUCAAUUGGUACUGGUCUCUCCUCUGUAAGUUUCUUUCUCCCAUAAAGUUCUUUCUUGACUGAGCUCUGCAUUCUACUAGUUAAUUCAUUUUCUUGGAAACCUUCCUAAUCUCUUGCAGCCAUCGGGAAUUAGGCUUUAUAUUUUCCAUUUCUGGUACUUCACUUGUUCAUCUGGUACUUCCUGCGUCUGCUCUUGGUCUCAUCUUUCUGGCGAUGGAAUCUAAUGUUACGAUAAAUGACGUUUAGUUUUGCACAUUAAUCAUCGAUUUGGCCGAACGAAUGGAUCUUUGUCAAAAGCUUUCAUGAAUAAUCAUCUUUUUUUCGAUAGAUUUUCUGCUUCUCAGCUCCUCAUUUUGAAAAAUCUAGAUGUCAAGUGCCAAAUCAUCAUAGAUUACCAUUUCGCCCGCAGACGUGUCAGCUCACUGUGGCAUGUAUUGUACAAAUUUAAUGUAAGGUUAAAAACGUUGAAUUUCCCAGUUGUUUUCUGUUUACAUGGCACCAGUGAACUCAUUUUAAAAAUUGACUCUACAUACUUCUUAAGAGGGACUAAUAAUUUAUUUUCAUAUGUUGUUGCACUCUAUUUAUUUCCAAAGAAAAGCCACCUUUGAGAUAUAUACCAAGGUUAUGCGAUACUCUUAUUACGCGCUAUAUGGUUUCAGUAAGUGUGCCAUGUGGUGAAAAAUACCUUCAACCUGAUAUAAUGCGUCCUUUAUGUGGACGUACUUGUUGACAUCUGUAGGAUGCUGAAUAUUCCUUAGUUCUAUUUCUAAAAGGUUGAACUCGUAGUGUCAAUGACCUAUUGUGUGUGAAAAUACUCCCGUCACCAGGGACAACUCGAUUAAGUGCUAAGAUAUUUGCUGGAAAUUACGUAUUCCUCAUACAAUAACCUGUUGCUACUUGUCAUUUUAGGUAGAGAAUAACUUCGGAUUUUUUGUUCUUGGCAGGUGCCAGCUUUCUGUUAUGUUGAAUUUAUGGGUCAUAGAAAGUCGAUCAUUUACAAGCUGAAGGAUUACGAGUUGGUAUUAAAUUGUUUAAGAAAGUUACGACUGCGAUUGCACGAAAUUCCGUAUGUAACUCGUACAGCUAUUGAAAAAUCCUCUUACUAUUCUUCUGGAGACCGUUGGACGGCUGAUAGAGCACCUCAUUUGUCAAACAACGAAAUUGACGAAUUGUUAAGUAAACUGCCAAAAGUGUUAAAGGAUGCACUCCUACCAUUUCAACUUGAAGGUGUAAGAUUUGGUCUACAGCGUGGUGGAAGCUGUCUCAUAGCAGAUGAAAUGGGACUGGGGAAAACUAUCCAAGUAAGCUUCUCAUGUUUCAUCUUAUGUUAAUUUAGCUGCAAUUACUUGUGAUAUCUUUGUUGUGGGGCAUUGUACAGGUCUCCUUUUUGUUAUCAACGAUGAAAAUUGUUUCUUUGUUUGGUUCAGCGUAUCAAGACUCAAACUUAACUUUUAGUGAGGAAAAUAGAUAAUUCACUGCUGUUCUCAGCUCGUUGGUGAACAGAAGCGAUGCAAUUUGUGUAGUAUUUUAUCUAAUUGAACAUCUUGGGGGGCCAUUUGGUUAAUGUUUGGUGGUGGUACUGAAAGGCUGUAUCAAUAUUUCGAUUUUUCUUGUCAUGCUGGAUGGGUUAUACUUCAAUGAAUUCGAUCUGAGUGGAAUAGAUGAAAGAAAUAUACAAAAGUCCGAAGAUGAUUCUUGAUGUGAAGGGAUCAUUCGUUGUUUGACAUUGAUUUUGUUGUUGGUUUUCUGUAGUUUUGUGACACGUCACUAGAGACAGCCAGUGUCCUUAAGUUAUUUAAACUCAAAUUGCGACUGGUAGAUGAUCUCUUAGAUAUAAGGGUGGGAACUCACCGUCAUGGAGCAAUAUACUUGAGAGCGAGACACUUGUCAUGAAUGUGUGACCUCAAAGCUAUGUCUCGAUUUCCCGUCCCCUUUUUUGACAAUUAUUCCGGUAUAUGAUUUAUUUAAAAGAAGUGAAUAUUUCUUCCACUUAGUGAGUAUAUUUUUUUAUGAAUUAUCUCUCCCAAGUUUAAACUUGGUCUGAUUAAAAAGUUAAUUAUUGCAGAUUUAGUAUAUUAGAGCAUUUAUAAAUUCACAUUUCUAGGGUUGUAUUUGAUUAGACAGGUUUCGAUUUCGAAUAAGCAAAACCUAGCCCAUCUACCAUGAUGUUCUAUGCAGAAAAAGUGACUUUAAGACAACUAAAACAUCACAUUCAUGUGUUGGUUGAGUUCCAUUGCUUUGUCUUGGUGUUAAUCUGUGACCUAUGAGUAUAAAAAUUUUCAACUAACCUGUAAUGAUCUAUGCGAUUUUCAGGCAAUCGCUAUUGCAUGUUGCUUUAUGGAUAAGGGCCCCAUACUGAUCAUCUGUCCUGCUAUACUGCGGUUUUCAUGGGCUGAGGAGCUGGAACAUUGGCUUCCGAUCUGUUUACCAUCUGAUAUCCAUCUUGGUAUUUUGGUUCGGUUCCCUAUCUUUUUAUCAUUCAAUUUUUCUGCUUCAUAGUGCUUCUAACACGAUUCCAAUGUCUUGAACUCUUUAAUUACUUAGUAGUGCUUACUCUUUAAUUUUUUACUGACAGUCAACUAUUGACUAUUUACUUUUUGGAAUCACGCUGUACUUGGCAGUGAAUUUUAUUUUCAGAUGGGAUGUCUAUUGGCUAUUUAUUUGAUUCUGAUGUCAAUGAUAAUUAAUUUGGUUACGACAAUAAAAUGAUGAUUAGUAAUUGACUGUCUUGUUCAUGAGAACAUGGUGAUGACUGAUUAAUUUACCUAUAUCAAACACGAUUAUUCAUUCCAAUAAAAAAUACUUAAUUUUAAAUUAUUAUAAUGUCUGUUCGACAAAUUGACAUUAAAUGACAUUGUGAAUCAUGACCUUAAACAAUAACUGCAUUCCAUUAUGGCCUUCAACAAAAUAAUUUUGUCUAUACCUGGAUCAUUUUGUAAGAUGCCACUGAAUAUCAAGCUGAAUCUUUAAAAAACAAAUUCCCAUCACAUUGGCAGGAAACGAGCCACUUGUACAGUUUCUGAAGAAAAAAACAUUUGCUAAAGUCUGAAGUACAAUUUAUCCAAGAAAUCAAAUUCAUGAGGAUGGUUACCCCCAUGCCUAAUUAAAUAUCUCUAAAAGAUAUGAACAUCUCUGUGCAUUAAUUUUAUCGUGACUUGUGCCUAUUCGAACAGUCACAUCAUGCAGUCAAUGCAGUUACUGCUAUCUAGUAAACGGGGCUGGGCCAUAAUUUGAUCAAAAAAGAUACAUUAAAUGGAACUAAAACAGCUGAAGUAUCUAGGUGGAAAUCUCCUGGUUGGAGGUAUUCUUCAGGUGAUAAAUGGUGUUUGUUUCUCGAUAUGUAGAGUGAUAUGGUUUCAACUCAAAUAUUCUUUCAGACAAUAUUGUGUUUUGGACCAUUUCUUCAUUACCAUGAUUAUGUUAAUAAUUCAUCUUUUUUCACUCGCUCUCCGUUUUCGUUUAUUCUGUUUAAUUCCUGUUUCACUUUCAUGUAUAUGGCUGUCUUUGGACUCUCCUAUAUACUUCUUGGGUUUUGAGGGUGGAUAUUUAUUUCUAUUUACGAAGUUCCCAGGGUCCUCAUUUCCUUCUCUCUUUGCAGUAUUUGGUCAUCUAGAUAAUAUUGAUCGUUUUUCGAAAAUUCCGAAGUUCGUUGUUAUAUCAUACACUAUGCUGCAACGCCUUCGGAGGAGCAUUCUGAGACAUAAAUGGGCGCUUAUGAUCGUUGAUGAAUCUCAAAAUAUCCGUUGCACCAAGAAAGCAUCAGAAUCUGAAGAGGUAUAGACAUACUUUCCACGGAAGAUAAUCAGAGGAUGGUUUUUUCUGUCCAUGGGGGUUUGCUAUUAUCGCUUUAUCAAAUUCCUAGAUCCACCCUUCGUUUGAAAUUUUCUGCUGUGAUUUUAUCUGUAGACUGUUAUGUAAUCUAAAAGUUGGAUGCUAUUUGCAAAGGGCCUAGCGUCAGAGGUAGGAUUUAAGGAUGCAAGAACUCCGUGGACUGAUGCUUUCAGUGGGGUGGUGCUGCCAUUGUCUAUAGGGUUGGAAACCUGCUGAUGUUGACAAGUUCACAAUUAAACGAAUUUUUUUGGGCAACUUGGGGGUUUGUUCUUCCUGCAGUUAAAUGUUAAGAAGAGCUGUUUCUGAUUGUCUGCGUUAUCAAAAUCAGAUGCAUUUUUUCCUCUAGUAUUUCCUAUGCAUGAUGCAGUUUUUCCUGGUGUUUCAAAGUGGGGGUAAACAUAAAAACUUUCUAAGGCAACUGAAAGUGAAUUGACAGAUGCUAACCUAGAUAGAAUCUGUCGAGCAUGUCAAGGUUAAGAUGUAUUCUAACUUUGGUUAGUAUAUGCAGAUGAAUAGAGUUUUAAGAUAUCAUCUUUGAGACUUCACUUACGGGUUGAAUAUAGUGGUGACAGUAUAGGAUAAUGUUUCAUGGGCUUUUUAGCAUCACACGCUUUUAUAAUCGGUAUGUGGGGUUGUGUUUAUGUACCUGUGAAGUAGAUGUGGUAGGGGUACUGUCACUGAGGGGGAAUAUCCCUUGGCAUAUCAGUGGAAACGCUUGGACAAAACCAUGCGAAGAGCCUGCAGGAGUGCCGAAUUCUGUGCCAUGAAGGGAGACUGUGAAGGAGAAUCACAAGGUACCUUCUUGAAAGAUAAGAACAACGGGCCACAGUUGGACUGGGAAUGAAGGAGAGGUAAAUGCUUUCAUUGCUUGAGUGGAGAAGGUCAGAGGUGAGAAAGCGAAUAAUGAAGGGUACUAUUAAUGGUUGGAUGGUGAAAUAGGAUGAACAGAUAAUUCUCUUUGGCUAUGGUUGAGUGAGAAUGGGAUGUGACGUUAUGGUAUUUUCAUGAUGGGGAAGAAAUGGUGGCCUUUACCACGAAAUCCUGGACAUUGGCAGGAGAUACUUUUUCCCUCCCUUUUUUCACCUCUUUUUUUGUGUGACCUGUCCCCCACAAACCAUAAAAUAAAUGCCUCUAGAGACUAUACGAUAAUUUUGGUUGUAGGAAUCCAUAUACGAUCCAUUAUGAACUUCCUAUCUUCUCUCUCCGAGCAAUGAUUACAUCUGAUGAACAGGUUCUCUGCUAGAAAAAUUGUUAUUAUCUUCCUUCCUUUCUGUGUGCUUUUUGUUGGAUGAAGAAAACAACGCAUGCCAUGGAUUGACGACUCUAAUUUUUGUAUUUGACGAAGUAUCUCAAUCUCUGUUAUUUUUUCAAGUCGUAUUAAGUCCUUUUGGAUAAAUUUGAAACUUUUGGAGCUCAAGUUAUUAGAAUGAGAACAUGCAAAUUGUCCAAAAAAGUUGUUUGUGCUUCUAAGCUACUAUAGAAUGGUUUGAAGUGCAAACGAAGGUUUCUCACCAGAAGAGUUAAAAAAUUCACCUUUUGAGAGAUGAUGCUAAGAACAAAGCAUAAACAGAUGUCACCUAUGGAAAUCGGAAAUAGACUUUAGCAUUUCUGAUAAGAUAGGCAAAACAACUGUCUUUCAAACUCAAGGAACAGUCAAGAGAUUCUAGCAGCUGAAAAACAGAAAGUGUGUGCCAAUUAAGCCUAAUCACAUGAGAUUGUGAACGCAACGGCUUGACUACCAAAGUGAGCCUUUAGCGUUUUUGCAAAAACGGAACCUAGCAUCCAAGUCGUCAAACAAAUCAACUUCAGCAUAUGAAACAUUCUUCAGUGAAUAUUGUAGCACAUAAUUGAAUGAAAAUUGCAUAAGCUAUACUUUCUCCCAAUGGGACAGAAAUAAUAACAACUUAAACCAACGAAAAUUUAAAUAAUAUAUUCAAUGCAGAUAUGGGGCAUAACGUUAGCAGGGGAUCAUGUGCCAACUUCUACCUAGAUGUUACGUUGAUUUGUUGUUGUCCUCAUGGUGAAUGGUCGCCAUCCUCAUCUGCUAUGCCAAUAUUGGAUUGAUUUGUGGUCCCAUGCUGCCGUUAGCCCUUGUUAAUGCCAACUGAAUUGAGUUUUCUCCUGCUUUCGGGGUUGAAUAGUCCUAUGUGCUGGCUGUUGUCCUCUUCCAAUAAAGAGAAGUAUCCAGGUUCCUAUUUUUCAUUCCUGAACGCUUUGGCAGCUUCAGUUCAUGUUCAGAAAGGCUUCCAGCUUGUAGUUGUUGGGUUCGGAUCCAAGAAGAUCUCAAGCCCUUCGCAAAUCCAAUAUUUUUGGGAAGAAGCUUUCUUCAACUCUUCAACCCAUGAGGAAGCAGGAGGGCAAUGAGGGCAGCAUUGGACAGGGCAUUCCAAUUGGCCAGUAUUGAUCUGGAUUCAGAUCUUAUUUGUUUUAGCCAACUGUAACAAAAGUUUUUAUCAAUUCUUGGUCAGCGAAUUAAAUACUGAAGUAAACGUUUAUUUCUUAAAAUUGCUAAAUAAUGAAGAUUUAAAGUGAUUGGAAUAAUAAAAAGGCAAACAUCCAUUCGCAGAUGUUAAAUUAUAUUAAUUAGUUCAUAAGCUUUGAUUAGGUUAAAAACUUGGGCAUCUGCGUCUGAUUUUUCUCAGCCAUGAUUCGAUCAUAGGCCCAAAUUGGGGUGAAAUUUCAGGUCUUUUCAUCUAUUUUGCCGAAUGUUUGGAAUAUCAAUAUGUUAGUUUAUAUCUUGUUCCUGGUAGUCACACUGUUCUCCUUGGAAAUUGAUUUGUUUUUUUUAAUUGUUGUGCAAAUCAGACAAAAGCUAUUCUUGAUUUGGCAUCAAAUACUGAGCGCAUUGUACUACUCUCGGGAACUCCAUCCUUGUCAAGGUUGUUUAUAAGUGUAAUCACACCCUUUCUCUUUACAAUCUGUAUAGUUGGAUGUAAAAGUGUCAUGUUGGAGUUUAAGUCCCUGUUAUCUUUUAGUAUUUCAGACAUGAUGCAUUUUUUCUUAGUUGUUUAUUAGUUAAUUCUGAUGAUCUUUUGGGAUUCUCCUAGGUAAUCAUAGGCCAUAUGACAUCUUUCAUCAGAUAAACAUUUUAUGGUGAGUACACGUUGUCUCAAGUACUUCGAAUUCAUUCUUUCUCUAAGGAAGCAUAGAAUACCGACUGUCUUGUUUGUCAGUGUUCCGUUUUGGUCUCUAACAUUUUCUCUUCUUCUUUACAAGGCCGAGUUUACUAGGAAAAGACAAGUAUGAAUUUGCAAACAAUUAUUGUUCAUUAAGAUUUGUUAAAGGCUCUCAGGGAAGGGUUUACAAGGUAAUAUGUGUUAAAUCGAUUUUGGUGUUUUAUCGAAUCAUUUUUAGGUUCUCGGUGGAUACAUGUAUGAAAAAAUCUUCCCUUUCUUCAUCAAGUAUCUUCGGCAUGUUUCCUAGUUCUCCAAAGAUGUGCUUGAUUACGUGAAUGUGUUCUGCAUUGAGCAGUAGCUUAUUCCUGUAUAUUGAUUUCAAAUACUAUCGUUACAUGUCUCUCACUUUAGUAGAGUGUCAUACCAACGCAUAUCAAGGUGCCUGAAGAUGGCCUUUGAGAUGCUUGAUGUGCCUGAUUACUAAAAUACAUCUUUUAAGUAGCCCUCUCAAUUGAACAGAGAGGCAAGAGAGAGAACUGGUAGAAUAGAGGAUGCGGUAGAGAGACACUGGAUAGGGACUGUGUGUGGAAGAGAAGGAUGAGAGAGAAUGCCAAAGAUAGGAAGAGUGGGCACUGGAGAGACAGGAUAGGGUGCAAAGGGAGGGAGAUGAGGCGGAGGAGAGAGGAGAGAGACACGACGAUGUGACACAAGCGAAUAUAAUAUGUGAAAUAGAGAAAAAAGAGCAGGGUGAGAGAUAAAUGAAUUUUGUUUGUGAUCUUAUGAUUGAUUUAUGCUUGGUGACCCGUUGCAUCACUGCAUAUGAAUCAAAAGGAGAUUGGGUGAAGUGAGAAGGACGAAAUCAAAGGGCAACAAGUGAUAGUGUGAGAGUAAUGGCAGUGGGUACUGAUUCCAGGGAGAAAAUCAUCACCUUUUAUUUAGAUGGUUUUUGUUGGAGAGGCAGUUUUUGGAAGCCUCCACUGAUGAUCAGGGGUAGGCCAUCGAUAGAGAUUCAAAAAGGCAGCAUGGUGUCUCCUCCAAUAACCAUAUUUCGUUUGAUGUUGUCUGUAAAUCGGGAAGUUUCAUGUAAAGCGGAAUCAAAAGAACUGGGCCGGUGUAUCAUUCACCCAUGUCUUUGAGUCAUAGUUUAGUUGGAGUGGGAAAUACAUGCUUUGCCAGUUCUUUCCAGCAUGUGGCCAUAUUUCGGGACAACUGGGGCUAUGAUUCUCGUGUUCUAUCGCUCAACUACAACCUCCCUAGUUCUAGAGUAACGUUGACAUGCUUUAGCAGGUCCUCCAUCACUAUCACAUUGAGGCAUCUUAUUGAAAAAUUCCAGGUUAAUAUCCAAAAGAUUCAAUCCUCUUUUAAGUGGCUACAUUGUGAUGUACACUGAGUUUGCAUCCCUGAAAACCUAAGGACCAGCGAUGUCUCAACACUAAAAAUUAGUCACAAUUUCUCGUUCAUAGGGAUCAAAUUGUGUUGGGAGUAUUUACCAACUUCUUGGUUGUUGAUAAGUCUACCCACUUUCUGACCUCAUCUAGUUUACAUGCUCGGGUUUAUGUUUUUCUCUCUGCUGCCCCAUUGUCUUCCCCUCCGGUACAACUUUCCAUCCUCUUUUUCAUUCUCAAGAUGAAAUUUUUGUAAUGUCUCUUCUUUAUCCUUUAAGAUUACGUAUUUUAAAACAAGCAUGCAUUAGGAAUUUUCAUGUAACCUGAUGGAAACCACAUUGUAAUUGAAUAUAAUUCUAAUGACCUUUCUCCGUUCAAUUGAGUGCAUUAAAUACAGUUUCAUUUCAGUUAUCAUGUCUGAUUCCAGUUAUUCUGUCUGAUUAUUUGAUUCGACAUUUGAAUAUUUAGUCUCUGAAUCUGAGAUCAAGUUGAUGUUCAUCUUUCCAGGAUUUUUCAAGUGGCAUUCGGUUGGAGGAGUUAAAUAUACUGCUCAAGCAAACUGUAAUGGUAUGUUUUUGUUGUCUCAUUAGCAUGCUAGACAGCCAUGUCAUUGUUGAUUAUAUUAUUUGAUUAGCACUCUGUUCCACACGCGUAUCAAAGCGUUGCCUUUCACGUGCCCUCCCAAGUAGUUAUUUUUCAGGUUGAUACUGAAAGUGGACUUGCACACCUCAAGAUAUUGUAGGUUUUACUAUAAAGUUUUUCUGUAUUUUUGUCCAUUGUUACAAAUAGGAGAACGGGGAAAGUUGCCUCUACUCAUCCAUAGCCUCUACUAGUCUGUUUGUUAACCUAUUGCCCUGUUGGUCCUAGACAGAUUGCUGUUGCCUGUAUAUGUUUCUUCCACCUAUGACAUUUAGCUGUGUCAUGAGGUCCCUCAGUGGAACCAUAAAUUAGCUCCUUAAAGCACCACAGCCCCAGAUACCGUUGCAAUGGGUGACCCAUUGUCCCUUGGAUCAGGGUUUUAUCCAUCAAUACAGUGACAUCUUAUGAGAUUUGUAUUAUGCCUCACUCUGUCUCAUGCCUUGAACUUUCAUUUUUGAGUUUAUCUACUAAUUGAAAAUAUGAAUUGAGGAGAAUGUAAUGGCUGAGGAAAGGCCUCUCCUUUCUGGUAAGCCAUCUAUCUUCACUCACUUACCCCCAACAUGUUUUCCUGCUCGCAUAAAGGACGGACCAAGUUAAAUUGUAGCCAGAAGAUCAGGAAACAAGUGAGACUAGCUAGUUCUACAGACUGCGAAUUAAAACCAGUUAGAGCUGGAGUGCUGUCAGACUUCAAACCGCAUCUGGAAUUGGCCAUGUCUGAAUUUGCAUUUUUACAUCUGCAACUUCAGCACUGAAAUUUGUCAAAUAUUUCACAUGCGAAAGCAUGCAUUAUACAAAUUCGGGGCCAUUACUUGAUUCCAAAGGAGAUACACUGUCGUGAGUUUUUUAAAGUAUUUGGCAAAUGGAAAGAUAGCGAGGGUGGAUUGGACUUCAAUGUCCUAUUCAAUCAUGAAAAUAGUUGCGUAGAGAGGUAUUUUCUCUGCUGAGAAUUUUCACUUGGGACAUUCCAAUGUUGGAAGAUAGUCGAUCAUAAAGCUGUUGUCAUUAUCUUUUUCUUCAAAAACUGAAAGCUUUACUGUUUUUGUUCUUAAAAGUUUUUAUUAGUAAUAGAAUGAUCUUUCUUAACUGUGCAAAAUAAUGUAAAAUAUCCUCCAAGUUGCCUAGUGAAGUUUCCUUGCCUUUGUUUUCUGAAUUAGGACAGAGAAUCGUCUUUUGAUAAUAAUUGUUCAUUUAAAAAUAAAUUUUCUUCUCUGAUUUUGUAUGACAGAUAAGGCGUUUAAAGGAACAUGUGUUGACACAGCUACCACCUAAGCGGCGUCAAGUCAUAAGGUUAAUGCUGAAAAGGCCAGACAUUCUCUCGGCUGUGGUUGCAUGUAGGACCAGUGACAAUGCUCGAAUGAACAGUGAUGGAUGUUUUGAAUCAGAAUGGAACUAUGGCACUAAAAGUGAUGGUGGUGGUGGUGAUGAUGAUGAUGGUGAUGAUAAUAGCAUUGAUGAUGAUGGUGAUGAUGAUGAGGAUGAGGAUGAUGAUGACAAUGAUAAUGAAGAUAAACUCAAUAAACUCAAUAAAUACAGUGGUGUGAACUUUUACAUUCUCUUAUAGAUUACAGUUCAUAUUGGUUUUCAUUUGUUUCAGUGAAUGGUCUGAAAAUUAGUUAUCUUGUUCACAUUCAACAUCUCAGAUUCAAAUUGAAAUAUUCUUUUCAUGCAUUAUACAAACGUUGAUGCUAGAAACUCCAAAAAAGGCGAGUUUAAUCCAGAAUGUUGAUCUGACUUGUGCGUUCUAAGUUUAAUCUUUUUCUCGUGAUGAACAUGCGGGUACUAAAACUUGAGUAUAGUCAGAGGACUCAGCUUGAUUCACUAAUUGAAGUAACGUUCAAAUUGCUGUGAACAUCUUGGCCUUUAUACAUAUCUUGUUGACAAAAAAACUGUUGGUCAUUAGUCAUAACAGCUUCUCCUCUCCCAACAACUAAAAAAAGGUAUCGAAAAAAAGGAGAGGAAGACUGCAACAAGGGGGACAUAGGCAGAUAAAAAACUGGGUACAGCCCCCAUAUCUCUUUAUCGAAUAAAACCAAGUUAUAGAUAACGAACAUUCCUAAAUGCCAUCGUCUUCUUUGCUAGGUGAAUUCCAAGGUGACAUUCAAGAAAUGUUCUCAAAAAGAAUUGAGGCCUGAAAAUAAUUCAAGUAAUCUACAUGCUUUGUAGAUUACUUUGAACGAAGAACUUUCCAAGUGGGUCAGCAGACCUUCAUGUUUAGCCUUGUGCCUGUUUCAUUGGAAGAGUUCCAUUAUUUUUUAUGUCAAAUACCUCAUCUGGUAGUUGGUAAUCGGAGCCUGGCUAGAGUUGAAACAGUGUGGUUCCAGGGUUCCAAGGCAACCCUUGCAGCAAGCCACUGUCAAGAAUAUCCGCCUUGCAGAUGACUAUUGUUUUCAUCUGGUUUGUUGCUCCUGUCUUGGAUUGUUUGUUUUUGACAACUUUUUAUUCCUGCCUUGACCUUUCUAUCACACUAUUUGUACUCCUUCUAAAGCAGUGCUAUGGGUUGUUGUCAAGGGAUCAAAGUCGUACAAGGUAUUUCUUCGUGGUGAUAGCCUUGUCCUUGACUCGCUCCAAUGCCAGGCAGUUCUCAAACAUGUUGGAACAGCACACAAGAUGCCUUAGUGGGAUGUUUCACUAAGGCAUCUUGACUGGGAGAGAACUCAGUGAAGGAAUCCUGAACAUAUUUUCUCCAACAUCCUUGACCCUCGAAUCUCCUACCCCAUUUUCACAAGUUCUCUAAUCCACCAUUCCUAUAGAAUCAACUCGGUAAGCCCAUGCUGUAACCAUUCCACAUUCUUUUGACAUAUACAAGGAUUUGGACUCUCGUCCAUAUGAUCUGCACUACUUUACCUUUGCUAGGUCCAUUUGCACAAUCUGCCGCUAAUCGUGUGCGCACUUGCCGUAAUUAAUGUCUGCCUGAUCGUGCAAUUAACUUUGUGCAUACCGCUGUCACAUUCUAUGGAGUCUGCUGGUGCCUGAUGCAGACAUCAAACCGCGCAAAGCCUGGGAGCCGGUAAUGGCCUGCUGCAUGUCGGUGCAGUUAGGCCGUUGUUGCACAUUGUUGGCCCCCCUGCACAUGUCACUUGUGCACUAGCACACUUGAACCUCAUUUAUUGAUACUGCCUGCUGAGUUGCACAGCCCCCAGGCCUACAUGUUGCAAUGCAUACUGUGGCAUGUGCUAUCACACAAUGUCCUGUGCCACAGUGCAAAUUUUGCAUGUGCUGUGCUGUGCCUUGUCAUGUGCCUCGGCCUUAAGUUUCAUUGCUUGUCUCCUCUUUUUACUGAUUAGGCCCACUCUCUUGGCCCAACUAUGUCCGUUUUCUCUAGCCCAAUAGUGUAAGUAUAUUGGAUCUAGCUUGGAGGCAGCGUGUGACCAAGACUGCUCUCCACCAUGCACUUCUCAGACCCAGGGUUUCUGUGGUCCUCUUCUUUUUCCUCUUCCUCUGAAUUCUAUCUACCGCAUUUUAUUUAGCACACCACAGUGGUGUACAGCUGAAGAUUUUCCACUUGAAUUGAUGUCCUUUUUGCAUGUUUUUUUUUUUUUGGGAUUUUUAUUUGAACCUUUAAAGUUAGCUGUCUGAAUCCACUGUUCAAUGUUAAAUUUUAUUUGUUAUUCUGUUUUUUCUCUUCUUAAAUAAGAGUGUUUAUUCAAUAUAAUACAGAGAGAAUGUACUUCUAUGUUUUUUAUGCAGAUGGAUGAUCUAUAUUUCUGGGAUUCACUUCAGGAUUUGAUUUUUCAGACAUUGCAUGACUGUGCUUAAUAUAAGUUGUUAGAUUUAGCUAAAGAUUAGUCACCUCUGCUUUAUUUCAGAUGAGAAGUUCUUUAAGAAUCCCACGAUUCUAUCAUAUCAAGAGAUUGGCAUAGCAAAACUCUCAGGUUUUUGUGAAUGGUUUUCGAGUCAUUUCAUGGUUGAGAGUGGUGUGACUGCAAGUUGCUCGGAUACAGAUCUUGCUUCUCAGAAGAUUGUAAUUUUCGCACAUCAUAUAAAGGUGCUGGAUGGAAUACAGGUUGCUAAUUUUUUUUGUGAGCUUAUUUUUUAUUGUUUAAUUUUCUUUUGAUAAGCAUUUAGGGUAUGUUGGGAGUAAGUAUACAUACUCACUAGUGUGCUCCGCAGAUGCAGACAAACUCUGCAUUUCGGUUCAGAAAAUGGACAUGGCUUAGUAUUAAGCAAGUAGAAAUUUUGUUUAAUGACAAAUAUGAACUAAAGGCGUCCUAUGCUUUUCUGUUUUCUUCUUUUUUUUUUUUCUUUAACUACGUUGUCUCAAACUUUCAGGAUUUUAUCUGUGAGAAAGGGAUCCAGUUUAUUCGUAUUGAUGGAACAACCAUUCCUAGAGAUAGGAAGAUAGCCGUUGAAACCUUUCGUUUGACAAAAGAGGUCAUUUUUUGCCUUAUUUUUGUCACCUUAUUGUAAAGUGCUUGAGCAUUCUUGUUCUUUUCGUUGAAGGAAACAAUGUUCUGAUGAGCAAAAGAUUUGAAGGGCUUUUCUCCAUGUACUGUUCAUAUCUUGGCAUUCAUAAUGUUAAGAUGGACACAUGCGGUUGCAAAUGGGAAGCAAAGGUUUUUAGUUUAUGUUUAACGUAGUAAUUAUGUUACUGUGAUGUCUUUUAUUCAGGUCACGGUAGCACUAAUUGGUAUUACUGCUGGAGGUGUUGGACUAAACUUCUCAGCUGCACAAAAUGUUGUGUUCUUGGAAUUACCUAGGUCUGCAUCCGAAAUGCUUCAAGUAAGCGUGUUUUCUCUUGUAGCUUGCCAUUGUGUAUGCAAAAAUGGAAGUUGCAUUGAUUUGCUAGUAUAAACUCCUUGCGUGUAUACAAUUUAGCAACCCUGGAAGGUUUUACUCUCAAAGGUAGAAAACAGAUCAGUCAAUUUGAAUGUAGCAAAUAGCUUCUGAGAAAAAGUUUCACUGACCCUCUAAAAUAUGGUGAUCCAGGGUUGUAGUUUCUUUUUCUCAACAUUUUAAAAUCUUGGGUAUUCUUCCUUCAGGCUUUGAUUGAUCUUUCCUAUUAGAACGGCUCACUACAUGUUACAUAGGAUAACCCAGGAUUUCUGCAUGCCUCAGGUCCUUUUUCUUCUGACAUUGUGUCUAAUAGGCUUCCUUUUUAUUUUCUAAUCUUAAUUGAAUUUCUUUUGGAUUGCUAGAUGCGUCUGCGAGGUAUGUCUGUCGGUAUAAAUUUGAUAAGAGGGAAAGUCAUGGAUCUGUUGUGAAAUCUCCAUAGCUCUAGGACAAUUAGACGGCCUAUAUUUUUUUCUGUCGUAUAUGGACACAAUGGGUCGUUUGAGUAAUCAAGUCUGCACAUUUUGGCCUCUCCUUUAGCAUGGCCGACUGAUGCGACCUGAUAAGAGGGAAAGUCAUGGAUCUGUUGUGAAAUCUCCAUAGCUCUAGGACAAUUAGACGGCCUAGAUUUUUUCUGUCGUAUAUGGACACAAUGGGCCGUUUGAGUAAUCAAGUCUGCAUAUUUUGUCCUCUCCUUGAGCAUGGCCGACUAAUGUUUAUGAGAAUGCAAAUAUUUUAUUACCCGAAAAUGUUUUCUAUCGCUUAAUAUGGCUGUUUCUUGGAUGGGAAAUACUGUUUUACCUCUUUUUGUCGCCAUGAAGUCCGUAAUGCAAGACACAGACCUCUAUGCAGUCGCCUGGUUCUGAGGUAGAUUUUAGUCCGGAGUUUCUUAAUCUAUUCUUUCCCAUAAAAAGUGACCAAAGGCGUAAAUCCAAAAGCGGCAGGAGUAUGGUGCAAUGAAAGGGUGACAACAGAGAUCCUUGCUAUGCACAGGAAAACUAUGUUAGUGUCUUUUUACGCCAUGGAGCAUUCACUUGCUUGCUGACGGAUGACAUAGGAACCAAGAUUUGAUAUGUAUUCAGUUUUUUCUACUGAAGUCCUUUCUGCGUUUCCUCAUUUUUGGCUAAGCCUUUAAUUGUCUUCUUUUCUAAGGCUGAAGACAGAGCUCAUAGGCAUGGACAAAAAAAUGCGGUUAACAUUUACAUUUUUUGUGCAAAGGUUGUUUCCUUAUCUCGAUGAAGGUCUCUCUGGAGUUCAUUUAUGGUUUGAAAAUUUCCACGGUUUCACAUCAUGUUAAAUUUUUCAGGGUACCUUAGAUGAAUUACAUUGGCUGCAUCUGAAUAAGAGCUUGUACCGUGUUUCUUCAAUGAUGAAUGGAAAAUCUAAUGCCAUAAAAGAGAUAGAGGUAAUUGAUCGAUCUACCUGUUCUUGCUAACUUUUUACUGUCGCGCAGUUAGCUGUUAAGUUGGGAAAGUUACUGCUAUUUCAUGUGAAACAGCAAUCAUGCUUGUGUGGGAAGCUAGAUCUUCAGGUUUUUUUCUUUAUCAUUGGUUUCAAUGUGCUUCACGGUAUCAACUACACAUUCCCUAAUUUUAUUGCUCAGCCCUUCCGUGAACCUCUUUCUAAUUGUCCUUAUAAUCUCAUUGCAGCAUUUCCCAGCCAGCAUUACAAAAUUAUUUUUAUUAUCUUGUUUAUGUGCUCUUGUUUAAUUAUAUAAUUUCCCAAAAAUGUUUAGCUUUUAAAUUUCAUCUUUGGUUUGAUAAACUAGUCCUUGGCACCGGAGGUUUGCGAGUCUGUUUUCUAUGUUAUCUAAAGGCUCCAGAUUACGCCAACUGAGUCCCUGACACGUUUUCGAUCCGAAAUACAUUCGUCAUCUGUAUAGUAGACAAGAAAAUGUUACCCUUGCUUCAGGCCACGAAAUCGUGGGCCUGCAUGAUUUGUGAUGCAAAAUUUCUGACGAAGCUAAUUGCAUACAGUGUGAAUUACAUAGCUGUUCGGAUGUGCUUUAUGGAUGGUCUCAAAUUUGGAUGUGUUUAUUUUUUGCCUUGAAGAUGCAGUUUUCGCUCGUCAUUUUAGUGGCCAUUUUAUCCCUUUGUAAAGCGAUUUCUGUAAUCAUUUGGUUUUACAGGUCGACAGUGUUCUUCAUCUUCGCUAUCAAGGAGAGAAUCCCUACAUAGUACAUCCAGAAAGCUCUUCCGAUGUUAUUGUAGAAACUGGAACAUCAGGUCUAUACCUUUUGAAGCACAUGAAUAUUAGUAAUCGAUACUUGCUCCACAAGAUACAUUAUUUUUGUCAGAUUUAAUCUGUGUUUGAUGACGUUUUCCAUCGGUAGUUGAAUGGAGAAUUCAGGACAAUGGCAAAGACAAAGGGAAAUGCAUAUGUGGUCAGUCAACAGAAACUAAUACGAGUUCUGUUCCAAUGGCUAUGUGCAAGUUUGCGGUGCCUGUCUAGCCUUUCUACAGUUGGUCUUUAUUCACAGUUUGGUGGUUUUUAUUGUUACUCCGUGUGGCAUGAACUAAGGUCCUGGGUUUUCCCUCACUUUUUUAAACAGGUUGAAACAAUCAAUGGCCUAGGAGGGUGUUCUAGCUCAUCUGGUUGUGUAGAGUCUAAUGCUCUGAACUCUACAGAAAACAUAAAUUCUGGUUCUUAUUGGAUGACUAAAUUGGAUGGCGAAAAGGGGAAACAUGGUUCAUCAGGUGACAGCUUGUGAUAUAUCUCUAUUUUAAAUUUGAUCUGGUUUCUUUCCAAACAUAUUCAUAACUGAAAGAAUGGUGAGUGACAAAGAUGUGUUAUGAUGAUAAAGGAAUUGACGCCAUUGACGCUGAGCAGAGUAAAGCUGACUCGAGUUUUAGAUCUCCAGAAGAUUCCCUGCGGCUUGAGGUAGCUGUAUCGUGUCCAUUUCUUUGUUUAUUCAUCCGACUGUGAUAUUUGAUGAUUCUGGUUACUCAGUUUGAAGAGAAAUGUCCAGAAACUCGUUUCUUAGGAUACCUGGUAAUAGCUCAUAGUAUCUACAGUAAUUUUCCUGCUAUUUUUUCUCAUCGAAAAUAAAAUGCCUCUAUUUAUCGCCUAGAAGAUAAUGCCACCAUUUCUAGUUACAACUUUAGGGCAGGAGGCAUCAUACCCGAUCAUGCAAGGAGAGGGGGGUGCACUAGAUGGGAAGGGAGAAGGAAGGGCAGCAAGGAGGUGCUCACUGGAGGAAGAAAAAUGAGGGGUGUUGCUAGAAGAAGGGAAAGAAAAGGGGCAGUGGCAGGGGAAGGCAAAAGAAGUGAUGAAGGAUGCAACCAGAGGCGGGGUAACUGGACGUGGUUGUGGAUCUCACUUUGCUGGGGGAGCAUAUGGUGAGAAGAUGAUGUUUGCAAAGAGAGAAAGAGGCUUGUUGGGAGGGAAAUUCUGGUGAAUAGCCGGAGUGGCAUUUGUUGUGGGGGAUGUAGCUGGCAACGUCAGGGGACAUAUGGUGGGAGGGUGUCACUUGUGAAGGGGGAAAAAGGGUGCAUAGUGGAAGUGCGUAACCAAGAUAUAGGGGAAUGGGUGUGCUGGAAGAUUACCACUGAGGAAUGUGGUCGGAGGAUGACACUGGCAUGGUGCAAGGAAUGUGUAGUCGGACAAGGAGAGAGAAAAUAAGCAAUGGGAGUCAGAGCUGGACACCAUCAAGGGUUGGAUGCAACCCACCCCCUGAUAGUUUCUAAGCUGUGCCUAUUUUUCUAUCUAGGAUGGAUUUUGGGGCCAAAGUCUCAGAAGAAUCUUCGCUGAUCUUUGUGCUUAUUCGGUCCGCAAACACUUAAUUUCAGUGUAUAUAAAAAAAUGUACUUCAAAAAGCUUUUCAUGCGUCCAUUUCGACUUUUCUUGUCUGUUUGAAUAAGGCUCAUCUCCAAACGGAAAAUCCAAGCUGAUUUGGUUCGUAGUGCCAGAGUUCUUUCUAGAAUGAUCUCUUCAUGCUUUUAUGCUUUACGUUAUGGAUAGUUACUCAUGUACACAAGAAAAUGUCAUAAAUAUCCAUUUUCUAAUGGAACGUUCUCUUCCCUUUAUUGGAUCCCAAUGCACACAAAUUUUAAGUUGUCACGUAGUUCCACUGGUUCCUUCUUAAUUGCAGAUAAUUCGGUUCGUAGCAUGGAGGGUUUCAUUUAAUAUUUUUGUUAUCUUCAUUAACUAGGAUGCUAUUAAACUCACGAAAUUCAUGGUAUUUCAUCUGUCAAAGACCUGCCUCUCAUUCUUUACUGCUCAACAUCAGUUACAUUUUUUAGUGGCGAAAGUAGAAGAUGAACAAUUGAUUCCUUAUUUUGGAGAAUCAUGCUGUCAAUAGAUCAAUUGACAUGCAGUAUUAUUGAUAUUUUUCCCUUGCAGGAACGUAUACCCACUUGUGAUAUGUAUCCUAACGAUGACCUGUCAACCUCUGCUUUUUCUCUCUCUAUGCUUCAUUUGCUCCUUGUAAUUUUUCGUCUUUAGAACAUAGUGAAAUAAGCAGAUCAGCUGAUCGUUUUCGUAUUCUUCUUGUCCAGGUAAGUGGGUACACUGGUCGUAUCCACUUGUAUGUCUGUGUCUCCGGGGUGGACUUGAGACCAAAACCGCUUUAUGUAAAUUUUCGUCCAGAGGAACUGGACUCGGAAUUUUCACCUCUUGAUAAUAAGAAUGGAGAAGGUCAUCUUGUUAAAGGAAAUCCUGCAUACUGGGAGGUCUUGAAGACCUUCAGGAAGGAGUGGAAUGGUCUAAGACCUGUUGACCAAAAGAAUUUGCUGGGAAAGCCUCUACAGCUUCCUCUACUCCUAGAGCUUUGCUACUUGAAGGAAAGCGUCAAUCACGGGAGAGGGGUAUGGAUCUUUAGAAAAGUUGCUUGUUCUUUGAGAUUUUCAUUAUGUCGCGUGCUAUCUGUCUUACAGUGUUUAUUGAAUCUCAUUGCCAUCUUUAUCCAGACAAGAACAAAAUUACGACUCACUUUCUACCAAAAAAGUUCCAUUGAAUGAUGAAAGACCCUUCAUCUCCUCGGUAACCAUGAUGGUUGAUCCUAUGAACUUAGAGAGAGAGAGAGAGAGAGGCAGAAAGGAAAAUUCGCUGUGUAUACUUCUUUUUUAAAUGAUCAGUUAUAAAUGUUGAAAUUACUCCUAUAUCUUUCUGCUAAGUAUUCUGGUGCUGGGGUGAGCGAAUAUGCUGGCUUAUACAAUGGUUUCUUUUUGAGGGUCAUAGACAAUAGAAUAAUCUACUGUUCAUUCCCUUUAUUUUUGUUGACAAGAAAAUUAUCAAGCUCUUCUCAUUACAUUUUUAAUAUUUAAAUAUUUUUCCUGUUUGAACUAUAACUGCAGCUGAGAUGUGCUAAAAAUGAUAUUUUCACUCAAACGAUAGUUUAUCAGGCCAUCGUCUUCUAAAUCCCAACUAUUCAGCAAUAGCAGGAAUGAGUUAUUUUGUAUAUAGUCUUUCCUUGGAACUUCACAAGACAUGCCGUAGGAUUAAACGCUAUAUAAAUUUAUUUGAAGUUUCUCACAGACAUUGUUUCUUAUGAGGAUUUAUACCUAACCCAAAUUAGAGCUUUAUUUUUUCUACUAACUCAGAAACGAGUGAAAAUACGAGAAAACCUUAAUUUUUUCUAUUGUCAAUGCAACGUUAAGUGAUAUUUUGAGAAUUAACCUGUAAAUUGUCAGGGAUUGCUGAGAGGUGGAAGUAAAAGAAGAUUAACCCCUUUCACUGAGAUAAGUCAUUGCUUACCAGAACAUGGUGUUUGGAAAAAGAUCACUCUCCAGAGGGGUCCUAGGAGGAAGAAAGUAUACUUUCAAGCUUGGAUGAACAAUGUGCCUCUUUGUAAACUCUGUCAAUCACCAUGCAGGUUUGUUUUGUGAUGCUGAUCAGGACAGUUGCCUGUUCUCUGCUGCACAUUGAUGAUCCAUCUUUUUCAGUGGCAGGCUUGCACAGCAGCCGGAGUUUUUUGAGGAUUUGUUCUGCGACUUGAGUUGCUUUCAAGAAUAUCGUACAAGAACCAGUCAAAGAUUUCUUCGUGAGGUUCUCUUUCUUACAUGAUUUUCAUUUUCUACUUCCGAUACUUUAUGCCAGAAGAAGGCAUUAGCUGAUUAAAUUUUGUUUGAUCCACUUACUCGAUUUUCUUCUUGAUUUCACGAACCACAUUCAAUUAACGAUCUCAAAUUUCAGGCUCUUUUUCAAAUAGAACACGGUAUAUGUACAGUUUGCAAGUUAGACUGCCACAGACUUGUGGAACGUAUAAGACCACUAUCCACCGAAAGACGACGUAAAUACAUUUCGCAGGUGGCCCCGCAGGUGGCUAACAAAAGAAAGUUGUGAGUCUCCCUUAAUCAUUCCAUCCUCUGUCUACAAGAAAACUAAACUUGUUGUUCCGUUUAAUUAUCCAGCACUGUGUCCCUAUUUAUUUUUAUAAAUUCGGUUGAUUCUUGGACUAAAAUUAUCUGAUGGUCAUUGUUUUAGUGCUUUUAUUGGUCCCAUACCAAUUUGUUCGGCUUGUACUCUUAUUUCGUUUCUGUUACUUUCUUUUUACAGCUUUCUGAAUAAUUUUCUGUCACACGAUGGCUGUAAUGCAUAAAAUAAACAUUUCUUAACUAAUAAUGACAAUCACUUCCAACGAAAAGCUUCCCGGCCAUGGUGAAGUACAAGUUAUCUCUGAUUCUAUGUAAACUGUUCAGAGCAUGAUGUUUAUUCAACGUAUUGCAGGCUCGAGAAACUAGCCAAUGAUCCGACCGAGGGCAAUGCUUGGCAUGCAGACCACAUAGUUCCCGUAUACAAAGGCGGAGGUUCGAAAUUCGUUCACAGUUUGAACAAAGUUAAUCAAUGAAACUUUCAUUGAUUAACCUUAUAUUGCGCCGGAUUUUCGGUCACUUAAUCAUGAAGCUUUCGCAGGAGAAUGCAGACUCGAGAAUAUGAGGACACUAUGUGUAGCAUGUCAUUCAGACGUUACUGCUGCUCAACAGGUGGAGCGACGUUUGAUGCAAACAAGAGCAAAGGAACGACUUCGAAUUGUCAUGAAUGAGCUCCGAGGGAACAAAAUUGCCAACCUCAAAGAUGUAAGUGUGGACCCUUCAGUAAUUUUAACAAGUAUGGUCCAGAAAAACGGUUUUAUAACUAUAUAGGAAAACCUUCACUAAUUUUCCUGCAGGAUGUCGGUAGAAAUGCCCACAUUUAAACUAGAUACUUUAUUUUUUACUAAAAAAGGCAAUUCACACUGGUAAAUUUAAGUAAAGGCCAAAUGGUUGGCACUUAACAUUGGCCUCACUUUCACCUAUUUAUUAGUUUUCCUGUUUCCUAUGGCUUUUCUCUUUGACCUUUUUUUUGCCCCCAAAGGCAAAUAUUGGUUCACCAAACUCCAAGGUGACCUUCUCUGAUUUAAGCUGGAAUUUUUCAGCCCUAUACUUUUGCCCAUUCUUUUCUGAUUAACUAUGUCCUAGGUGACCUUCUCUAACGUGGAAUGCUCUAAGCUUUAAUCCCCCACGUUUUCUUGAUUUGCAUGUAAUCUUUCAGGUUGAGCAAUUAGACGAUGGAAAGGGUAACGAGGAAGAAGAGCUCUUUGUAAAGGUCCCUGGUAGUGCCUACUUCGUUCAAGAUGACAGCCAAGCACCAUAA